CGGACAACGCCUGGUGUGUGGUAAUCAGCCGCGGACGCUUCCUCCUCGCGGGUGCUUCCGGUGCGGCGGUGGAGCUCACUCGAGAGCUGCGGGGGCUCUGUGGGCUGGGGGGAGGACAAAAUAUUUUUCAAGUUCUUCAAGUAUUCUGGCACAACGAAGAGGAAGAAGAAACAUUUCAGUGAAUGAGGAGUUUUUUGCUUCUAUAGUGUUUUCCUUGAGAAGUGGGUCUUUGAAUGAGGAUGACAAUGGAAGAGAUGAAGAAUGAAGCAGAGACCACUUCUAUGGUUUCCAUGCCUCUCUAUGCUGUUAUGUACCCUGUCUUUAAUGAGCUAGAAAGAGUAAAUCUAUCUGCAGCUCAGACACUGAGAGCAGCUUUUAUUAAGGCUGAAAAAGAAAAUCCAGGUCUUACACAAGACAUCAUUAUGAAAAUCUUGGAGAAAAAAAGUGUGGAUGUGAACUUCACAGAGUCUCUUCUGCGUAUGGCAGCUGAUGAUGUAGAAGAGUAUAUGAUUGAAAGACCAGAACCAGAAUUCCAAGAUCUUAAUGAAAAGGCACGAGCACUUAAACAGAUUCUUAGUAAGAUUCCUGAUGAGAUCAAUGACAGAGUGAGGUUUCUUCAGACAAUCAAGGACAUCGCGAGUGCAAUAAAGGAACUUCUUGACACAGUAAACAAUGUCUUCAAGAAAUACCAAUACCAGAACCGGCGGGCACUUGAGCACCAAAAGAAAGAGUUUGUAAAAUACUCCAAAAGUUUCAGUGAUACUCUGAAAACGUAUUUUAAAGAUGGAAAGGCAAUAAAUGUGUUCAUAAGUGCCAACCGACUAAUUCAUCAAACCAACUUGAUACUCCAGACCUUCAAAACUGUGGCCUGAAAACUGUAUAUGUUUAGAGUUGUACUUUUAAAUGGUGGAUAGGGUACCUUUAUAUGUAAAUUUUAAAGUUUUGACUGUAUAAAUUAUCAGCCCCUCUUGAGGGGCCUAAUGCAGGAUUUUGAAUGGGAUUAUUGCCAUCUUACACCAUAUUUUUGUAAAACAUUGUAGCUUAAUCAUAAUCUCACAAUGAAGAUUUUGCAUCACUUUUUGCUAUUAUCAUUCUUUUCAGAAUUAUAAGCCAAAAGAAUUUACGCCUUAAUGUGUCAUUAUGUAACAUUCCUUAUAAGAAUUGUAAAUAUUUGGUGUUCUGUUUCUGACAUUUUAACUUGAAAGCGGAAAACUGCAAGAUUAUGUAUUUAACAAUAUUGGUGGCAAAUAUUCAAUAAAUAGUUUACAUCUGUUAGACUGUCUUUUUGUAUGUGAACAAAGAUGCAUAACUCGUCUUGCUGGAACUGCAGAACAUUCAUUAAAUGGAAAAAUGAAAAUUCCUUUGGUGCUUAAAGGUACUGGCAGUUCAAAUGAGUAUAGAAUGAGGGGUUUUCCUUAAAAGUGAGAUUUUUGGCUCUGAUCUAAUACUAGACCAGAAUACCAGAUUCCAUUAAUGUCUUUGACAAAAUAAUAAGAAACCCCAGAAAUGAGAGAUGCUUUUGGUUUUGAUAGAAACCAAACAUCCCUUCUUUAUUAAUCUUCUGUUGGUGGUGAGUUAACAGGUUUUUACUCCUAGACUAUUCAAAGGUUUUGAGCAGAGGAUUACUUAAAAUAUAUGCAGCAGAGGGUGAAUUUAUUAAAAAUAUUAAGAUAAUUCUGUUUUAUAUGGGUACCCUUUUGGGAGGGAGAAGGAGAGAAAAUGGAACCCUUCCAGGUAGCACUAGCAAUGUCUAUACUAUGCAUGCCAUAAGGCAACUUGUUUUUCAGGGAAUGAAAUCAUCUGAGACCUCGAUUGACAAAACUUCCCAGUGUAGAUGGUUAAGAACUGCUGAUGGGCAGAUUAAAAUUUUAUUAUUGUGAUUUCACGGUAAUAUUUCACAAGUUCUAAUGAGUAUCCUGCAUGCCCCUUUGAAGUGCACCUUGAGUUUAUUUUAAAUAGAAUCUGUGUUAGAAUAAACCUCGGAAAGUUUUCAAAAUAUUUAUGUGGCCAUAACUAGUAAGUUUAGGGAAGAAUGUGAAGCAGUUAAUAAAAGCUGCACAAGCUGUUGCAAGAAGAUUACUUCAGACUGAAAGAGCACAAUCGUUACAGAACUAUUCCUUGUUUAGGUAUAAAUGAUGAAGAAAAGUUACAUCCAGACUUUUUUCACACACCUGUCUGGUGCUGUAUUGCUCGUUUGCGUCAAGUGCCUUAUCCAGAGUACAACAGAUGGGUCUUUGAAUUUGGUUAUCUGCUUAAAUGAUCCAAAAGGGGAAAAUGCGAUCUGCAGCCCUCCAGAAUGGCACUGGAUGUUCUGCUGUAUAUCUGUGCAUGGCAAUGUUUCCUUGAUGAAAGUACUGACUGUAGUGAAAUAACAAUGUCAAGGAGAAAAUUAUGUAAAAAUGAGUUCUUGACAAUGUAUGUUAUGGAUUUCUCAGUUACAUGAAACUGUAAACAGGACGUGGUCCUUAAAGCUUGCUGUUGAGGCUGUUUUCUGUUUUGACAGUGCUGUCUUGUGUUUACUAGCAAAUUGAGCUUAGUAAUAUGACAAAGGGAUGGAUAUACAAUUUAUAGCUAAAAUUUAUUAAAGCUUGGCAUGCUAAACUCAUUUCUUGGAAAGUGGUAAAAGAGAAGCAAUGUUAGCAGUUACUAAGGAGGUAGUCUGACUACAUUUGAGCAAUAUUUAAUUUGCAUCUUUGAAUUCUGUAGUAAAAAGGUUGAGUAGUCUUCCUUGCAGAUUAUGUUAACUUAAGUCGUAGCACCAAAGGGCUUCAUGAAAACUAAUUACUCAUGUAGAAGAAAAGGAAAGCCACCCAGAGUUUCUGAUACUUCAUUUGUCUUGAAAAGAGCACAGGGAAGACUGCACCAGUGCCUGUAAGGGGAGACAUGAAAUCUUGGCUUAUAUUUUGCGAAUUGGACUUAAUUCCAGUAAAAUUUGGAGGUUUUACUAUCUUCUUGGAUUGGGAGGGUCAGUAUCUAGUGUUGGGAAUCAGUAGUUGAAUGAUACUAUGUCUGUGAGUAUAAUAAAUAAAAUAAAU